UGUCGAUUAUUUUUCUUAGACUACAGUAAACGGCUACGUCCCUGAUGUCACGGCUUCGUAAUAAGCUAUCGUGCCCAUAAAGCUGUUUACCUAGCAGGUGAAUUGCAUUUUGGGACAUGAAGUCUUCUUCGUGUUUAACCAGCCCACCCACAGCAGUCGAUCGUGGGGCACAACGGGGCUGCCCAAUGCUUAAAUGAUCUUGUAGCUAUUGUGUCUUCACAACUAUCACCCACACAACAUCCUCCUUACACAUGACGCUGUUUUUCAUUAGUUACGGUGGUGUCCAGGGAUGAAAGCUAGAGACACGAGAGUAUUCCAAAAAUGUAGAGUUGGCGUACGGGCACGCGAACCAAUUAUUUGCAACAAUGACCAUGAUACCGUGCGACAUCUGCGCAUGGGCAUGGGGCUAUUCAACUACAGUCGACCCAACCAUCUAUUAUGCUUCUUCGCUGCAAUAAAAGCUACCUGAAAGACUGCAAGCAAAACGCUACCGGAACCACUUCGGGGGAAAGUAAUAAAGUAAAACAGUGCGGACGACACCCGUCUCUGAGAUGGGAUGCGUGCAUGCAGAGGGUCCUAAGGAGCAGCACGGCCGCCGCUGAUCACUGACCCUGAACCCUUCAGACGACGUCGCUCCCGCCGCCGCCUCAGGACCGGUCCCGCCUGGCUGUCCUGUCCCCGGCCAACAUGUCGGGCGAGGCCCCCGCCGCCCAAACGCCUCCCCCGAUAACCAACCCCCCCCCGCCCCCGCCGAUCACCAACCCCCCGCCCCCCGAGGUCUCCAACCCCGCCAAGCCCGGACGCAAGACCAACCAGCUGCAGUACAUGCAGAACGUGGUGGUAAAGACUCUGUGGAGACACCAGUUCGCCUGGCCAUUCUACCUGCCGGUGGACGCAAUCAAACUCAACCUGCCUGACUACAGCAAGGUGAUCAGGAACCCCAUGGACAUGGGCUCCAUCAAGAAGAGACUGGAGAGUAAUUACUACUGGACCGCGGGCGAGUGCAUGCAAGACUUCAACACCAUGUUCACCAACUGUUACAUUUAUAACAAGCCUACGGAUGACAUUGUGCUGAUGGCCCAGGCCUUGGAGAAGAUCUUCCUUCAGAAGGUGGCCGCCAUGCCCCAGGAGGAGGUGGAGCUGCUGCCCCCCCCACCCAAGGGCAAGGGCCGCAAGCCUGGAGCCCCCCCCAGCUCAGACACCCCGGCAGUGGGCGUGUCCUCCGCUUCGCCCUCCUCGUCCUCCGCUUCGCCCACACAGAUAUCUCAGACUCCGGUCAUCGCCGCCACGCCCGUAGCAACCAUCACCUCGAACAUCCAGGCCACGCCCACACCCACGCCCACGCCCACGCCCACACCCACGCCCCCGCCACCGCCAGCACCAGCGCCAGCCUCUGUGAUGCCAGUCGCCCCCUCCGCGCAGCCCGUCGUCAAGAAGAAAGGUGUGAAGAGGAAAGCAGACACCACCACGCCCACCACCUGCGCCAUCACGGCGGCCAGCCGGAGCGAGUCGCCCACGGGCACCCCCGACUCCAAGCUGGGCAAGGUGAUUUCCCGGCGCGAGAGCACGGGCCGCCCCAUCAAGCCGCCCCGCAAGGACCUGGAGGACGGCGACCCGCUGCAGCACGCCAGCAAGAAGAGCAAGCUCACGGAGCAGCUCAAGUACUGCGACGGCAUCCUCAAGGAGCUGCUGUCCAAGAAGCACGCCGCCUACGCCUGGCCCUUCUACAAGCCCGUGGACGCCCAGGCGCUGGAGCUGCACGACUACCACGACAUCAUCAAGCAACCCAUGGACCUCAGCAGCGUCAAAAAAAAGAUGGACGCCCGGGAGUACGAAGAUGCCCAGAGCUUCGCGGCGGAUAUUCGGUUAAUGUUCUCAAAUUGCUACAAGUACAACCCGCCAGAUCACGAAGUCGUAGCGAUGGCAAGGAAACUUCAGGACGUGUUUGAGAUGCGUUUUGCCAAGAUGCCAGAUGAGCCGGCGGAGCCCACGUCUCCGAGCGGCCUGGCGGGGGCGCUGGUGAGCAAGAGCACGGCCAGCAGCGACAGCAGCGGAGACUCGUCCAGCUCCGACUCCGACUCCGAGGAGGAGCGCGCCACACGGCUCGCCCAGCUCCAGGAACAGGUGGGUGCUGAACAGCAGUUCACUGUGGAGCAGCCCAACGGGAACCGGGCGGGGAAGAAGAACGGGUGUGCCAAACGCUUUCAGCUCAAAGCAGUCCAUGAACAGCUGGCUGCUCUGUCCCAGGGUCCUGUGAGCAAACCAAAGAAGAAGAAAGAAAAGAAGGACAAGGAGAAGGAGAAGAAGAAGAAGGAGAAGGAAAAAGACAAGGAGAAAGAGAAAGAGAAGGACAAAGACAAGAACAAGGUCAAGGCAGAGGACGACAAGAAGCCCAAGUCCAGCCAGCCACCCAAGACGAGCCCGCAGAAGAAGACCACCGCACGCAAACCCAACAGCACGUCCUCCACCUCCAGGUAGACACACUCCACCCCACACA